ACAGAAGAUGAUAUUUCCUUCGAUUUGUCCUACCUUCUUCUCAAGGAAUACGAGGGUCCAGUUCUGAAAGCUGGGAGAAUUAUGUAUCCAAAUGCCUUAUUCCCACCCGAUUUCGCAAUAAAGGCUAUUGACAUCGUCGAAAAGUCACCAGAAGACAUCUAUCAUCAGCCCAAACUUCUGGUUCCUGGGAGAUUUGCUCUCGAAAGUCGAACUAAAAGUUACUACUCCUCAGCUCCAACGUCACAUUUAAUUUCCGGCUAA